AUGGCAUUCGACGACAACUAUGCGUGUCUCACCACCGACGUAACAGAACGACUAAUCGUGUGGACAAGGAAUGAUGUGGCCACCAUAGCUACACAUUAUACGGAGCUUCACACCUGGGACUUGAGGAAGAUUGUCAUCGACCCAGGUCAGUUUUGUCCCAAACUCACUAAGGGUCUCGCUGUCUCUCGUUGUUUCUCGCUGGUCUCGCCUUCAAUUCCCACUUCGUUUCACCACCGCAAAACACCUUGCUCCUCUUCGAGUCUUCUCAGGACGUGCAUUCCUCAGAGUAACAGAAAGAGGGGUGGUAUUCGACGCCACUCUGUAGGAGUCGUAAGCUGUUCCUUUGCACCCAUGGAAUCCGCUAAAAUUAAGGUGGUCGGUGUUGAUGGAGGUGGCAACAAUGCCAUCAAUCGCAUGAUUGGUAGCGGUUUACAUGGGGGGUUCUCAGGUGUAGAUUUCUAUGCCAUAAACACGGACUCUCAAGCACUUGUACAUUCUGCUGCUGAGAACCCACUUCAGAUGGGAGAGCUUCUGACUCGUGGACUAGGUAAGGGUGAGAAUCCACUUUUUGGGGAACAAGUAGCAGAAGAAUCAAAAGAGGGAAUUUGCUAAUGCUAUCUUGCAUUUAUAACAGCUGGUAUGGGUGCAGGGACAGGUUCUGGUGCUGCCCCUGUUGUUGCUCGGAUUUCCAAAGAGGCAGGUUAUUUGACUAUUGGUGUAGUUACCUAUCCUUGUAGCUUUGAUGGACGUAAGAGAUCCAUACAAGCAUUGGAGGCUAUUGAAAAAUUGCAGAAAAAUGUUGACCCUCUUAUAGUGAUUCCCAAUGACCGUUUGCUUGACACUGCCGAUGAGCAAACACCACUUCAGGAUGCUUUUCUUCUUGCUGAUGAUGUUCUACGUCAAGGAGUGCAAGGAAUUUUUUCUUUCUUUCUUUCUUUUUUUUUUUUUUUUGGGUGUGUCUGCGUGUGCGUGUGUGUGUAUGUUGGUGGUGGAGAAGUUUGACACUGUUGCAAAAAUCAAGGUGAUUAAAGAAGGGCCUUUACCAAUCUAAGACGGAAGGAAGCUAAAGAGCUGGUUGAGAAGGCACCUGUUUUGGUUAAGCAAGGAGUUACCAAAGGAGAAGCAAAUGACAUGAUAGAGAAGAGAAAGGCUGCUGGGAGAGUUGCAAUUAUGGAGUAAAAAUUUUCUGCAAUGUUUUUAUAUCCUUGGUUUUGUUGUAGCUGGUUUUAUGGUAUCAGUAAAAUCUCAAAUUUCAAAUUAUGAAAAUUUUGUA